CAAACAGCCACCUUUUUGGUUCUUGGUUUUGUUAUUGACAGGUACAACGAGAAGUAUGCUUGUAUUGGAACGUAGGUUUGGAAUAUUUAUUUUUAAUUUCUUGUUUGUGGCUGGCUUCUUUGUAAUCAGUAGGUAAUGUUUAUCUAUAAUUAUGUUUAUUUAUAGUGAUGAUAAGAUUAUUCAAGUGUCAAACAAGUAACAUACACUCCGUAUAAUGUGAUAUAAUUGCGUAGGUCUAGGUAGUAAGAAGAUAACAGUCUAAAGGUUUGGUCGAGUAUCGCCAAUAUAAAAUGUUGAUUCCAAGGCUGUAUAAAUUCAGUUCAAUUAUUAGGAAUGGGUCGGUGCGUUUUUUAGCAACUCAGACACAGCAAUGUAAUGAGAAUGUGAGUCCUGUGGUAUACGAAAAGUUGUUAGGUACCGACAGAGGCAUCGCGCUGUACGGACUCAACAGCCCCAAAGACCGCAACGCCCUGGGCUUUGACAUGAUUGAAGCUAUGAGGGAAGUCAACCAGUUAAUCAGAGAGGACACCAAAGUGUCAGUUGUUAUACUGCACAGCAUGGUGCCUGGCAUAUUCUGUGCGGGAGCAAACUUGAAAGAGCGCUUUAAGAUGGCAGAUGAUGAAGUUGCAAACUUUGUCAAAGGCCUUAGAGGUACAUUUAUAGAGAUAGAAGAUUUGCCAAUGCCAACAAUAGCAGCUAUAGAGGGUGUGGCAGUUGGCGGAGGUCUAGAGCUGGCCCUAGCAUGCGACAUAAGAGUAGUGUCUGAAACAGCAAAGUUGGGACUUGUAGAGACAGGACGUGGUCUCAUCCCAGGUGCUGGAGGCACCCAAAGACUGCCAAGAGCCGUCAACAUCAAUAUUGCUAAAGAACUAAUAUAUACUUCAAGAAUUGUGAGUGGAAAUGAAGCUAAAGAGUUAGGAUUGGUUAACCAUGUAGUUCCUCAAAACAACUCAAAGAAUGCAGCUCUAGAAAAGGCUCUGUCCCUGGCACGGGAGAUUGCACUCAAUGCACCUAUUGCCUUGCGUUGUGCCAAGCAAGCUAUCAAUGAGGGCAUACAGCUCAGCAUCAAGGACGGCUAUGAAGUGGAACAGAAGUGUUAUGAGAUAAACAUUCCUACUAAAGACAGACAGGAGGGCAUGAUCUCUUUUAUGGAGAAGAGGAAACCCAUCUAUGAAGGCCACUAAAGCUCAUUAAUUAGAAUAGGUGAAGGCAUAUCUGAUUUAUAAAUAAGUGUUAUUUCAUUUUAUAAAUGAUGAUUUUUACCACAGAGCAUAUUUUUGUAUGACUAUUUUAAUAUGCAAAGCAUUGAUAUAUCUUUUUAUAAUUUACAUUACUUAUUAAAUUGUUGAAAAUUAA